AUGACGACUAAUUGUGACUUGGUUGAUGCUGUAUUUAUACUACCUGGGUCAGAUGAUGUCACUAUCCCACAUUUUCAGACUUUAAAACGAGUAGUCAUGCUUCUCCUCAGAGGCAUGUCAAUAGAUGAAUCUGAAACGAGGCUAGGUGUUGUAACAUACGGUUCAAAACUUGGAACAGCAAUCCCUCUCUCAGGAAACCGUAUGUUGAUGGGAAAAUCUUUAAUGAAGCUUCAGAAAAUAGGUGGAUCUAGCAAACCUAUGAUUGGGCUAGAAAAAGCAAAGAAUCUUCUGACAAGCAACAAAAGGUAUGCCGUACCACAGGUUGCUGUUUUGCUUUAUAAAAACGUGACCAAAGAAGUCCAGGCAGAAACACGUGAAGUGGCAGAAGAAAUGAGUGAGCAGAAUAUAAGGGUUAUUUCGAUCGGGAUCGGAUCUGAUGAUUUUGCUGAUUUAGCUUGGACAAAGGAACAGGCUUAUAGAUUUGACACAAUUGAGACACUGUUCAGUACUAUUAGACAAAUUCCACAAUACAUUUGCAAAGCAAUUCUUGCAUCAAAGCCUCAGUCAAAAACUCCUAUACCAAAACCUGCCACUGAAAGUACGGAUUCACAAGAACAACAAGAAUCACCAGAUAAUGAAGAAGACUCAAGUAUUUGUGAUACAGCAACAUGGGUGUAUGAUGUUGGAUAUGCCCCAGUGAGUGGCGAUAUAGGAAGGUUUGCAAUGUGUUAUAAAGGAUUGGGUAAAACCCUGAAGGUGUCAUAUAAAAGCUGUCCUUUUGGUCAGUACUGGAGCGCAUUAGAUGUCACCUGUAUUCAGUUUUCACGGUUGAAUUUACCUUAUGAGACAAAUACCAUAUGCCAGUUAAAGGCAGUUCCGGGUCUUCCAAACAAGUUCCAACAGAAAACACUUGAAGGGAUUUGGAAGGUAUUCAAAUGUGCUGAAGGAGCUGUAUUCAGUGAAGAGGACUGUGGAUGCACCAGAUUUAGCGUUACACAAUACAGAGCAAAACAAACAGAAGACUCGUGUAGUCCUGAAUUGUACCUGCCAUUUUGCGAUGGAAUUAAAGAUUUCUCUGGUAAAGAAACAUACGUUGAAAGCCAUGGCCAGGUCUGGAUACGUGAUGGGAAGGCAUAUUUUGAUGGGAAAUCCUCUCUUUUUAUACCACGUUUCGCUAGUGUGGAAUAUGGAAAUACGGUGGUCAUAAAACUCAAAUAUUUAGCUGAUGAGGAGGAUGAAGGAUAUGAGAGCGAGGGGGAUCCAACCGACGAUGAUGAUGAUAAAAAUGAGUAUGCUCUUAUUUCGAAUGGAAAUUGUUAUGGAAGUAGCUGUGAGCAUCCCUCCAUUUCAAUCAGUUCCAGGGGAUCCACUACUCUAUUCAACGUUAACAGUGUUUAUGACAAUGUAACUAUUAUGUCAGGACAUUCAAGAAGGAAAAGAGACUUAGGUGAAAACAACAGUACAAAUUCUGAUGGUGAUGAUGAUGAUGAUGAUGAUGAUGUCGAAAACACUUUAGAAUUUAAGGCAGAAGCAUCAGAAAUAGACGAUGACGUUAGCUCCUUAGACGUCGAUGACAAAAUUCAACCAGAGUUGAAUGCGAAUAGAAAUGACACUGCUGCAACCACCUACCAAGGUACAUAUGAAAACGAUGACAAUGAAAACAAUGAAAAUGAGAACAUGAUGAAUGUUGAUGAAAACAAAAUUGAUAGAAAAAAUGACUUGACCAACACCACGUACAAAAAUGUUGCAAGUACGAUCGAAAAUACCGAUUCAAAUGUAAUCCCACUUCAUACAGAUAAUGCAAAGGGCACAGAGAAUUUCAAUUUCGAUCUUAUUUUCACGAAUGGAGAAACUGAUGGCAUAACAAGAAUAAUUGAUGAUAUAAAAGGAGUCAUUGUAAACAAUAACGACCAAAUGGAUCAAAACGAUGAUACCGCAGAGGAAAGCGUAUCAAACAUUGCACAAGAAACACAUGACACUGUGUUAAUCAAUGCUCUAGAACCAGAGGAUAUGUCUUCAAACAAUACUCCUAAUCCAGAUGAUGUAUCAUCAAAUAAUGCCCCUGAACCAGAUGAUAUAACUAAUCUCCUUGAACCAGAUAAUAUAUCUUCAAAUAAUGCCUUUGAAUCAGAUGAUAGAGCUGCAAACAAUGUUCCUGAACUAGAUGAUGUAUUAUCGAAUAAUCCUUCACAACCAGAUGAUGCAUUACCAAAUAAUAUUCCUCGACCAGAAGAUGUAUUGUCAAGUAAUGCUUUGGAAAAAGACGACAAGGUAUCAGAUAAUUUUGUGGAACCUGAUAAUGAACUUUCAAACAGUUCUCUGGAGCUAGAAGAUGUAUUAUCAACUGAAAUUUUAGAAAUAGAUGACAGGUCAUCAAUUGCUUCUUCUGAACCAGAUGAUGCACUACCAACACUAUCAAAUAAUGCUCAGAUUCCAGAGGACAAUCUUACAAGGACAUCCACAGUCAAAUCUACAGUGACUAAUAUUCUAACUGAUGAUGAAGUUAGUGAAAAUGGAGCUGAAUCGAGAGAAGAUAUAAAAACAGAAGAAAUCAGUGAGAGAGAUAAAGAAUUAAAUGAAAGUGCUGAGGCUCCCGACGAAGUCAUGAAUGAAAAUACUAGCCAUUUUGCAGAGGUAAAUGACUUAACACCAGUCAUAACUAUAGGGGGUGACAACCUAGAUGAUAUUAAGAAAAAAACACUGGUCAACAUAACAUUUUUAGAUAUUGCAACUGACAACAUUAGUAAAGAAGAUAGUGAAAGUGUGAGUAAUAUGUCCAAGAAAACAGACACCAUGAUUACCAAAGAGGUUUCGAAUGUGAAUGAAGGAAAUUUAGAAAGGGGAAUUAUUUCUGGUGAUUUUAUAACGCAUUCUCUCACAAAUGAGAACACGCCAAGUGCAAAGACUACGGAGAUGGAAGACUCAAAAAAGAACAAAGACAUGGAAGGUCAGAAAAAGAAAAAUGAAAUUGUUAACAAUAAGAAGAAAGAGGGAAAAGCUAUUUUUUCAGAAGAGAAUAAGGAUGGAACGGAAAAAAUAUCUGAAGAAAAAUUAAGGAAAUGGAAAACCGUCUCCUUGAAAAUAAAAGACGGUGUCAUACAAGUGACAAUUGAUGGGAGAAAGGAGGAUGAUAAAUAUUUAAGAGGAUAUGUACAAACUACCAAUAGUGGAAUACAUAUCGGAAGUGGUACCGGUCGCCGGAACUUCAAAGGUUACAUGGACGAGAUUUAUAUAUACCUAUGUGAUCCUGACAACAAUUCAGCAAAAGAAAGACGCAGACAGUUGUUGUAUGACAGAAGAUCCCGCCUUCUCGCUGAUAAGGAGAAAACAUCAAAGUUGUCCGCAAAUUGUGAUUAUAUUAAUCCCAAGGCUCAUGAUUGGUUAAGAGACAGAAGAUGA